GAUCCUGAUUCUGCCCCGCAGAAAAGAAAGAAAGAAUGGAGACCUACGGAAAUGAGGGCAGACGCCGGAAAAGAGCGAGGACCUCCGAAGCAUUCUCUUUAGAACAUGCUGAUGCCGACACCAUCUUCGCUCUGUUACUCGCAGCAAUCUUCAACUCUCACAGACCCGGCUCCCUCUCCUUGAUCGAGAAAUGCUUAAUCAAGCUCAAUCCCUCUUUUCUCUCAUUAAGCCCAAGCCCCACCCUCUCUUUGCUCCCAUUCAUUCUCACUUCUAAAAGGGCCGAGAUAGCGGCUCGUGGUGCGGAGAUUGUGGGCGCGGCAUCGCUGCUUUCGCUGGAAAUGAACGAACGGAUUGCUUUGGAUGGUGAGAUUGUGAAAGGUUUGGUCUCGGCGUUGGGGAGUUCGAAGAGGAUUGUGUUAAUGGCUGCCUGCAAUGCUGUUUUGGAUAUGUCGACCACCUCGGUUGCUCGGCAACGCCUGCUGGAACUCUCUGCUUUGGAGAGUCUUAUGUUUGGAUUGCUUCAGGUUCCUAAAUUUUCAGGGAUGCCAGUUUCUAUAUGCUCUGUGGAUGAUGGAAGUGUUACCUGUUGCAAGAUUGGAAUUGAGGAAGAUGAAUUUCCAGUAUUACUUCUUACUGCAUGCAUAAUUCUCAUUAACUCCUGCAACAUUGAGCAAUUGGAAAAGCUCCCAAGAAUCCUCUCUGAAACUUUCUUGGUCUCUUUGAAAAAGCUGUGGGCUGAAGUGCAUAAUGAAAUGUUACUUGCCAACCCCAUCAAAUCCAGCCAAGAGGCACACAUUUAUAUAAGCAAUAUUAGGAUUAAUAAUCUGGCAGAAAGCAUCUUUAGGCUUUCCAUUAGAAGUAGUCAAGUUACACCAACUUUGCCUUUGGAGGUGGUUAAAAGAAGUAUUUUUGGUUUGAGUAAAUCUAGUUUUGAAGAUUUCAUGUUAACUCAUUGGGAGGUAUCGCCCUUUCUCAUACAAAGACUUUCAAGGGCUUUAAGUGAGAAUGAUGAUAUUUUCAGUUCAUUUGUACAGCCUCUACACUUGACUAAAACAGUUCCUUCCUUUAUUUCUUCAAUCCUUCGGAAUUUAGUUUCUUGUUUUCCUAUUGCUUCAGAUGAACUAGACAUCCUUAGUUUCUUAACGGAGGUGGGAAAUAAAUUGGGUUGCCCUAUAAUCUAUCAGCAGGACAUACGGGUGUUAAGAACAGAAAGGCAAUUGAAAAGAGAGGUUCAUUUCUUUCAGGAGAGUUUGGACUCCUGCUGCAAAAAGGGUUCUCACAUUUUUAACAUUGAUGAAGUAAAAAAAUGUGAAGAAGCAUAUAAAGAGGGUUAUACAGUUGCUGUACGUGGCAUGGAAUUCCGCUUUGAGAGCAUUGCCGCUAUUGCAAAUGGAUUAGCAUCUUUCUUUGGUCAACCAUCUGUAGGUGUCAAUAUGUACUUGACACCACCUAAUUCUCAGGGUUUGGCUCGUCACUUUGAUGACCACUGUGUGUUUGUUUGCCAACUUUUUGGUACUAAGCAAUGGACCGUUUUUCCUCAGCCGAAUGUCCAGUUACCUCGCCUAUAUGAUCCUCUUGAUAACCUAUAUGUUGCAGAGGCUGAGGUCUCAAUGGCUGAGUGCAGAAAGAUUUUGCUAAAUGAAGGUGAUAUUUUGUAUAUUCCCAGAGGUUUUCCUCAUGAGGCAUGUACAGAUGAUGGUGGUCCCAAUGGUUCUGCUGGAUGUUCCGUGCACCUUACACUUGGUAUUGAGGUUGAACCACCUUUUGAGUAA